AUGGCAGGGAUUAGUGGCCAGUCGACCAACGAGUCAAUCCGACUUGCGCAGUCAACCUGGGAAGCAGGCGCUGAUUAUGGACUUCUGCUGCCACCGAAUUACUGGCCCAAAGCUGUGUCCACGGAUAUCAUUGCGGACUUUUACCGCAAGGUCGCAGACGCUACGCCUCUACCGAUUGUCAUCUAUAGCUUCCCCGCUGUCUGCAACGGCAUCAACAUGAACUCCGACCUGCUGGCCGAACAAACUGAACAUCCCAACAUUGUCGGCGUAAAACUCACCUGCGGCAACACCGGCAAAGUAACCCGUCUGACGAAUCGAUACUCGCACGACCAAUUUGCCGUAUACGCCGGAUCCUCGGACUGGCUGAUCCCAUGUCUCAGCGGCGGCGGUAGCGGAUGUGGGGUUGUUGCGGAGGCCGAGAAGGAGUGUAAAGAAGGGAUUGCGUCGACGAAGUACGCCAUGGAGUACUUCUUGGGAUCUAAGGCUGGGGUUUCGGAUGAGAGGGCUUUUUCGCCGAGGAAGCCGUCUCGGCGGGUUGGGGAGGAGAAGAGGAAGUGGGUUGUUGAGGCGAUGGGUCAUCUGGAGGUGGUUGAGGGGGGCUUGUAG